CACGGCCUCCCUUUCUCCAGGCCCCUCGGGUUAUUUAAAGGUGCGCCGCGAGGCAGCGGGACCGCGAGUCGGCUUCGGGAGACAGCCAUGGGGGCGACCCACGUCGAGCUCUACACCGGCGCCAAGAUGCCCCUCGUGGGCCUGGGCACCUGGAAGUCAUCUCCAGGCCAAGUGACCGAGGCUGUGAAAGCAGCAAUUGAUGCUGGCUACCGCCACAUCGACUGCGCCCACGUGUACCAGAAUGAGAAGGAGGUAGGGGCCGCCCUCUAUGAGAAGCUGAAGCAGAAGGUGGUGAAGCGCCAGGACCUCUUCAUCGUCAGCAAGCUGUGGUGCACCUUCCACGACAAGAACCUGGUGAAGGGAGCUUGCCAGAAGACGCUCAGUGAUCUCAAGCUGGACUACCUGGACCUCUACUUGAUUCACUGGCCCACGGGCUUCAAGCAUGGGGAUGACUACUUCCCACUGGAUUCGUCAGGCAACGUGAUUCCCAGUGACACAGACUUCCUGGACACCUGGACGGCUAUGGAACAGCUGGUGGAUGAGGGGCUAGUCAAAGCAAUUGGCAUCUCCAACUUCAACCAUCUCCAGAUUGAGAGGCUCUUGAACAAACCUGGUUUGAAGCAUAAGCCAGCAGUUAACCAGAUCGAGUGCCACCCAUACCUGACUCAGGAGAAGCUGGUCCAGUAUUGCCAGUCCAAAGGCAUUGUGGUGACUGCCUACAGUCCCCUGGGCUCCCCGGACAGGCCCUGGGCCAAGCCCGAGGACCCUUCCCUUCUGGAGGACCCCAACAUCAAGGCCAUCGCAGCCAAGUACAACAAAACUACAGCCCAGGUGCUGAUCCGGUUCCCCAUGCAGAGGAAUUUGGUGGUGAUCCCCAAGUCCGUGACCCCAGCACGAAUCGCUGAGAACUUCAAGGUUUUUGACUUUGAGCUGAGCAAAGAGGACAUGGCUACUUUGAUGAGCUACAACAGGAACUGGAGGGUCUGUGCCUUGGUGAGCUGUGCCGGCCACAAGGAUUACCCAUUCCAUGCCGAGUUCUGAGGCUCUGGACGCCAGAUCUUCUCCGGGUGACUUCAGCCUAUUCUUCCGGCCUCCUUGCUGUGUGUCCUUGCCAAUGAAGUAAGACCUGCGUCCCUUGGACAUGAGCAGCCGCCCGCAGGCUAGACACCGGGGAGUAGUUAGCUUGAUAGAGGAUCUGAAGAGCAGCGUCCUCACACUGGGUGUCUCUGCCAGUCUUUGCUUUUUUCCUGCCCCACUGAGGAAAGAACGUGAGUUCCUCCCUCGUGACCAAAGAGAAGCAAAACCCACAGUCAUCACAGUGCCACCAACACUUGACCUCACUGCUUGGACCGUAAUCCUUUCAGCCACGCUUCUCUUUGCCUCAAAUAAAAAGUGCUUCUGU